UUUUCACUUUUUUUUUUUUUUUUUUUUUUUUUUUUUGUGUUUGCAAACGGGGGGCGUAUAUCUAUUUCAAUAGAUUGACCUUCUGAACCGGACUCUUCCAGGUUCCAAUUAAGCAGAAAUGGCUCUCUCAACGGCCUCUGUGUUCCGCAGGUAUCACGUUCUGUCGCCAUCGCUUCCAUUUACAUCUUCAUAUUUAUCUUUAGGCCUCCAAUGCAGCCGCAAAUUCAGCGUUUUUGCCUCUCAGUCAAUAAUGACGGAAGAAUCAAGCUCGCCUCUGAUUUCUUCGACAGCCCAACCGCAGAACGUUCGGUGGAAGCCGACGUGCUUGUACUUCACUCAAGGUAAAUGCACUAAGAUGGAUGAUGUGACACAUACUGAGAAGUUCAAUCACUGUUGCUCCGUGGCUGGGAAGCUAGCGGCAAAUAUUUUGCAAUCGAGGAACUUGCUGCAGCAGGGUUUAGAUUUUCUUCUCGUGCUCGAUUUGGAAGGGAAAGUUGAAAUACUUGAAUUCCCUGUACUAUUGUUUGAUACGAAAACCAUGGAUGUUGUAGAUUUCUUUCAUAGGUUUGUCCGGCCUUCAAAAAUGAGCGAGCAAAGAAUAAAUGAAUAUAUAGAAGGAAAGUAUGGGAAAAUUGGGGUUGACAGGGUUUGGCAUGAUACGGCUAUCCCUUUCGGAGAAGUUAUCAAGCAAUUUGAAACUUGGCUAGCUAAGAAUGAAUUGUGGCAAAAGGAGGGGGGUGGCUGCCUAAAUAAGGCUGCAUUUGUGACCUGUGGGAAUUGGGAUUUGAAAACAAAAGUUCCGCAGCAGUGCAAAGUAUCAAAGAUGAAGCUUCCGUCAUAUUUUAUGGAAUGGAUCAAUCUGAAGGACAUAUAUCUGAACUUCUAUAAGCGAAGGGCCCCAGGGAUGCUUUCCAUGAUGAGGGAACUGAAUAUUCCCCUUUUAGGCAGUCACCAUCUUGGAAUCGAUGAUUCCAAAAACAUUGCAAGGGUGUUGCAGCAUAUGCUCAACGAUGGGGCUUGCUUGCAAGUAACUGCAAAAAGAAGUCAUGUUUUUCCUGAAGAAGUUAAGUUCCUCUUUGAAAAUCGCAUUAGAUAGCUGGGAAAAUACCUCACGAAGUAUGUAUUUUAGGUUAUUUAGGCCUUGUUUCACGGACUUGCUUUAUUUGUCUGUUUGAAUGUGUCUCUCUUUAAAGUUGCACAGUAGUUGUUUGUGUGAUAUACUUCUUCGUCUACUUUUGCAACGUAUACUUGCACAACUUAGAUGUAUUCAUGUUGCGUGUAGUCUUUUUUCCUAUGUAUUUAAAAAUGGGGAUUGUAGUCCCGUACAUCAAUUUAGAACAGAAAUCAACAUAACUUGUCAAUAAUUUGACGUUGGAG